UCAGAGAGAGCUUCUUUGUGGAGGGGUCUCUGUUUUUUACUUAUUUGAUUCUUAUUUGAUCUCGCUUAUGAACAUCCAAUCAUCUGUGCUCAUCUCAUCAUCUAAUAGGAUACCAACUUAGGACACUCUGUAUAAUUGUAUUGUCUAUCUUAUAUGUCACGUGUAAUUAAGUUUGACGUUUCUCAGAUUCAUAUACAUUUCUGACGUCUACAUGAAAAGUUUGGGGCAGUUUUAACGCUUUAUUAGAGCGUUCUGGAUAAGUCGCGCGCAUCCCGUCGAUAUGUUGUUUUUUCUACAAAACCAGGUCAGUGUUUGGACGGACCCAUCAUCAUCAUCAGAAACAGCAGUCGAACAGAUCGGGGCUGCUGUCCCCCCGUCCGUGCAGCUCGGGCUCACGGUGCUCUACACGGUCCUGUACUCGCUGCUCUUCGCGUUUGUUUACCUGCAGCUCUGGUUGAUUCUGCACUACGGACACAAGCGCUUCAGCUACCAGGCUGUUUUUCUCUUCCUUUGCUUGCUGUGGUCGGCUCUGAGGACGACACUCUUCUCGUUCUACUUUAAAAAUGUUGUGGAGGCGAACCGGCUGCAGCCUUUGCCUUUCUGGCUCUUGUAUUGUUUUCCAGUCUGCCUGCAAUUCUUUACACUGUGUCUGCUCAACCUUUAUUUCACUCAGGUGAUAUUUAAAGCCAAAGCCAAAUAUUCCCCGGAACUAAACAAGUACAAGGUACCUCUGCGUCUGGGUUUUCUACUGGCCAGUAUCUUUUUCCUGGUGGUGAAUGUGACGUGCGCCAUGCUGGUUCAGGAUGGCGCGGGCGAGAGUCAGGUGAAAGAUGCCGUACUAGCGCGAGUGCUGAUCAACGACAGCCUCUUCGUGCUGUGUGCAAUCUCACUCGCCAUCUGCAUUUUCAAGAUCGCUAAAAUGUCUUCUGCCAACGUCUACUUGGAGUCAAAGGGGACAUCAGUAUGUCAGGCUACGGUCAUUGGGGCAGUGGUCAUCCUUCUGUACACCUCUAGAGCCUGUUAUAACCUGGUUGUGGUGGCUCUUUCUCCUGAAGAUCGGCCCAGCCCGUUCAAUUACAGCUGGUACAAUGUAUCUGACCAGGCCGAUGCGGACAAGAUCAAUGGAGAAGCCUACGUGGUCUUCGGGGUCAUUUUGUUCUUCUGGGAAUUGCUGCCCACCAGUCUGGUCGUGUUGUUCUUCAGAGUGCAGCGGCCCAAUCAGAACCUGACGCCCGGUGGUAUGAUCAACAGUCACAGCUUUAGUUCCAGGGCGUAUUUCUUUGACAACCCUCGGCGCUACGAUAGUGACGACGACUUGUCUAGAAACACAUCUACGCGAGGAGAAAGAUGCAGUAUCAUGUCAUCCACACCUCAAGCGGGCCCAAGUUGGUACGGUUCGAUCCAGAGGAACGGCAGCCUGACGGGAAUCCCCCACCUGCUGAACGGACCUCAAACAUCAACCGCCCCCCUUCUCUUCGCUUGCGGCAACAUUCAGACCAACCAACACCAUAACUACUAUUCCACACCCCAGAAUUACUACUCGCCCUCUCAGACACACUACGCCACCCCUCAGAAUUAAUGCUGGAUUUAUCUAGACUCGGACUGGACCGCAAGUCUCUCGGACAUCUUUAAACAAUGCUUGUGGGUGUCUUUCCCUUUAUUCAAAUGAUCCGCCAUCUGCAGUGCACCGGCCUAGCGAGCGGAUUUAAAGGGACCAUAAAUGAGGUGACACAGCUGAUAUGACACUAAACAGUGCACUUUAUGUCAGAGUUUCUUUGUGGUAUACUGGCGAGGUUCAGCGGUAAGCGCAACUGACCAAAAGCUCCCUAAAGAUGUUCCCGUCCCUCUGUUUUCCUUAAAACUACCGAUUUCAUCAGACGUUCAUGGGUUCAAAACACAAUGAUAUCCCAAGAGUCUGUGGCACAUGGACUCCUCUCAGCGUGUUUGGAUGUGUUUUUUGCACUUAUUGUGGGCCUGUAUUUUGUGUUUGGAUGGAUAGAAUAGUUCAAGAGCGUUUAUUAUAUUCUCUUUGAGAAAGAGCCCGUUGAGAUUGUCCUAUGUCUUUCUUCCAAGAGGUUUUUGGAGACCAAGUGAAAAGAAUUAUCAAUAUUUCGGGUACGUCCAGGGGCGUCACUCACUAGGUACUAUGAUCCAAUUUGUGCACUACACAUGAAAUUCAUGUGACUUUCAAUAUUAUUACUUUGCCAAAGAGCCUGUGUUUAAAUCCAGGCUUCAGCAGAUUUCCAUGCUUCCCAAAGGUGAAGAAUGCGAAAGACGAGAUGAAAAAUCGAGCGUUGAUUUUUCUUGUGGUGUGUUUGAAUGUACCAAGCGUGAAUAGAAGGCUAACUCUACUUACACUGUCUUAUAUUUAGGUACUUAACUAGGCUUGUGGACGAAUCUACCCACGUAUUUUCAGUACGCAUAUACUGUCGUGACAUCUUUCAUCAAAAUCCAGCUCAUUGUAUCAAGCAUAUCAUUCUCCAGGGAUGCCUAAAAUGGUGCCAUCGUAAAACUUUCCUAGAGAAAAACACAUUGCACAUUGUUUGUAUGUUUCAUAAGCUUUAUUCCUACAUAAUUGUAUUUCUGGAACGUGAUUGGUCAGCAGUUGAUCGUCUAUAUCCAGAUUAAGUGAAACGCCCCCUUCCAUUCCACUAAAAAGGAAUUUUGUUUUUUAGUAAAUGAAAAAAUAUUUGUCUAUUUUUAUCGAUUUGCUUCCCCAUGUGCAUUACGGACUACGUGAAGUUGACAAUCAUUUGGCUUAUGCAAUCAUUAAAUGUGUAGCCGCGUGGGGGUCCAUGUUUUAAAGAGCCCAAUCUGAGUUUAUAUCACAUACAACGAACGAAUGAGACUGUAAGGUUGGAGCUCUAAUGGUUUAGGCCACCUGCUCUAAAAUUAUUUUUAAUUACAUUUAUUUUAAUUUUAAAUUGUAUCAUGCAGGGUUUUGAUGAUCUGGUAUAAAAAAGUGGUUGGAUUUUAAUUGAUUGGAUUUUUAAAAUCAGCCUCAAGUGACUUUAAUUCCCUAUAGCUUAUUGUUUUCCAGCUGAUGUGUAGCAUAUGUGUGAAGCUAUUCAGGUAGGACUGAACAGUGAGCAUCAAUUGAUGGGAUUGUGCAUUUAAUGCCGAGUCAUACGCGUAGUUCUAGGGAUUGUGGUCGGUUCAGUGUGAUGUCAUUUCCUGGCAUAAAAAGAGGCUGUGUAUGAGUUUGUUUUCGUUAUUUUUUUCUGAUUAAAAAAUAUUUUACUGUGAAAUGUAUCAUAUUGUUUCUCGUGUCUUGCAAAAGAGCAAGUUAAGCUUUUAUUAUAAUUUCUUUAAAUGUUUUGUUCGAGGCCAAUGAAUGUAACUUGUUUACCCAUGUUCAUAGUCCAUUAAAGAUGUACACAAGCACUACCAUUUCAAAAAUAAAAGUUUUAUUGCACUGUUUUAGUAAAAAAGUUGAUUUGUCUUAUUGUGUUUCAUGUUGUAAUUCUUAAUGACAGUUGUGUAAUAUAUUGAAGACAAAAUUGUAAAAAUAAAAACCCUCAGAAAUUUCACUACAAAAGUCCAAACAUCAAAGCAUUAAGGGAUAGUUCACCCAAAAAUUAAAAUUCUGUCAUUAUUUACUCACCUUCUCAUUUCAAACCUGUUUGACUUUCGUUCUUCUGCAGAACACAGACGAAGAUAUUUUGAAGAAUGUUGGUAACAGAGAACCAUUGGUCCACUUUGACUUGCAUUGGUUUUGUGACUGUGCAAUAGAAGUCAAUGGGGAC